UUGCUGUGUCAAGGGAGACAACUCUUCUCCAGCUCAUUACUAUUUAUAUAUCCCCUCUUCUCCAUCCCUUACUCCUCUGCCCAAAUAUCUGUCUCUCUCUCUCACUCUCUCUUCUCUUCUCUUCUCUUCUCUUUUUGGACUGAUAAGGAGGCAAAGCAAUGGCUUGCGUCCCUGCUGCCGCGUCUUACGUCCCGCACCAAAGGGCAACCGCGGGCGUCGGAGGCGGCGCAGUGAUGGCGGGGGAGAGGUGCAUGGCGGCGCACGAGGUGCUGGAGGCUGUGGCCGGGCACUACGAGAACCCCGCGGGGGAGAUGUGCGCGGCGCAUGAUGUGCAGGAGGCGGUCGCGAGGCACCAUGAUCAUGCGGUGGGGCCCAACCAGUGCUGCUCCGCGGUGGUGCAGGCGGUGGCGGCGCCGGUGGCGGCAGUGUGGUCGGUGGUGCGGCGCUUCGACAAGCCGCAGGUGUACAAGCACUUCGUGAAGAGCUGCAGCGUCAUCGUGGGGGACGGCGACGUGGGCACCCUGCGGGAGGUGCGCGUCGUGUCGGGCCUGCCGGCGGCCACCAGCACCGAGCGCCUCGAGAUCCUCGACGACGAGAGCCACGUCCUCAGCUUCCGGGUGGUCGGCGGCGAGCACCGCCUCGCCAACUACUGCUCCGUGACCACGCUCCACCCGGUCGUGGGAGGCAGCGCCGGCGGCGGCUGCACGCUGGUGGUGGAAUCGUACGUGGUGGACGUGCCGCCAGGGAACACGACGGAGGAGACGCGGGUGUUCGUCGACACCAUCGUGAAGUGCAACCUGCAGUCGCUGGCGCGGAUCGCCGAAGCCCUCGUCAGGCAAAGCACCGCCGUCGCUGGUAUCGAGGCCGGCGUUAGGAGGGCGAACCCGUAAUUGGAUGGGUGGGGUUCUCGAUUCCCAUCGUUCGUUUACGUUUCGCAGUCUUCUUAUUUCACCUCCACCUUUAUGUUCUCUUUGCCCCUUUUUUCUUUCUAUUUUGCGAGUGUAGUACAAAAUAACACAUUAUGCUGUGAAUAAUAAUAUCUUGGACACGUAUGUUUCACUUUUUUUCUAUAAA